AUGUACCAGACGGUGACCGCCUGCCAGGGGAGAUGCGGCCUCCGAGCCCUCGCCGCCGAGCUGCAAGAAGUGGCAGACUCCUCAGGGUUCCUGGCGCCCGGGGGAUCGGGCAGCGCCACCUGGCGGAUAGCCCCUCGGGCCCACAGGCUUCUCUGGUUUCUCAACUGCCGCGAAGUGUCGGAACUGACGGAGUGCCUGAAGGUGCUGGAGGCCAAGACCCUGCCCCGCCUUGGGGCUCCGUAG